GUCCAUCAUCAGCAAGAGUUUACGUUUUAAAAUACAUUGUUCCUCUACUACAUACCAUAAUAACAUCUUCUAUAUACUAGAAUGGCUGGAAUCAGUAUGGCACCUGCUCUUGUUAAAAAUGCUACAAACUGUGAAAAAGAGAUUGUUCGUCCAGUCGCAAAAUUCUCUCCCAGCUUAUGGGGUGAACAAUUUAUCGAAUUUUCUUUUGAUACCGAGUUAGCAGAAAAAUAUGCCAAGGAGAUUGAAGGGUUAAAGAAUGAAGUAAGAAGCAUGCUGACAGUUCAAGGAAAAUACAUGGUGGAGACUAUGAAUUUGAUUGAUACAUUGGAGCGCUUGGGUGUAUCAUAUCAGUUUGAAGAAGAGAUUGGCGAACUACUAGAGCGCUUCUUUAAUCUUAACUCAAAUUAUGCAGAUGAAGCGUAUGACUUAUACAUUGUCGCACUUCAUUUUCGUUUAUUCAGGCAACAUGGCUACCGCAUAUCUUGUGACAUCUUUAAGAAAUUCAUAGACGAGAAUGGAAAAUUCAAAGAAAAUAUUAAGAGUGAUACGAGAGGCUUGCUGAGCUUAUAUGAAGCAGCAUACUUAAGAGUGCAUGGAGAAGAUAUACUAGAAGAUGCCAUUGCUUUCACAACAAACAACCUGAAAUCCAUGGCGCCACAUCUAAGUUCUACCAUUUCAAAACAGGUAGCUCAUGCCCUAGUGCAAUCCAUCCAUUUCGGGAACCCAAGAAUUGAGGCACACAAUUUUAUCUCUAUCUACGAAGAAGAUGAGUUCAAGGAAGAAUUACUGCUGAGGUUUGCCAAACUAGACUAUAAUUCACUGCAAAUGUUGCACAAACAAGAUCUAUAUGAAGUCUCAAGGUGGUGGAAGGAGUUGGACCUUGUUUCUAAGCUUCCAUAUGCUAGAGACCGAGUGGUCGAAUCCUUUUUUUGGGCCGUGGGAGUUUAUCAUGAACCUCAAUAUUCAACUGCUCGAAUCAUGCUCACCAAAACCAUUGCAAUGACAUCAAUAAUAGACGAUACAUAUGACGCUUAUGGUACUGUCGAAGAACUAGAAGUUUUUACAGAGGCCAUUCAAAGGUGGGAUAUUAGCGAAAUUGAACGGUUGCCAGAGUACAUCAAACCAUUCUAUAGUGCUCUUUUGAAUCUUUACGAGGAAUUUGAUGAAGAACUUUCAAAGGAAGGAAGAUCUUACGCAAUCCAUUAUGCAAAAGAAGCAUUGAAAGAACUUGUGAGGGCUUACUAUGUGGAAGCCAAGUGGUUCAUUGAAGGACACUUGCCACCAUUUUCUGAGUACAUGAGCAAUGCCUUAAUUACAUGCACUUAUUGUUAUCACACAUUUACAUCCUUAUUGGGGAUCAAGUCUGUCACCAAGGAAGACUUUGAAUGGCUAAGCAAUAAACCUAAAAUUCUUAUGACCAGCCUCAUAAUAUGUCGAUUCAUUGAUGACAUCGCUACCUAUGAGGUUGAGAAGGAAAGGGGCCAAAUUGCUACCGGAAUCGAUUCAUACAUGACUGAGAAUGGUGUGACUAAAGAAGUUGCCGUGGAUAAAUUUUUGAAAAUGACCACAAAUGCAUGGAAGGAUAUUAAUGAAGAGUGCCUCCGACCAACUUCCUCUUCUCGAGAAAUUUUAAUGCGAAUUCUCAACCUUGAACGUAAUAUAGACGUAACUUAUAAAGGCAACGAAGAUGGAUACACACAACCAGAAAAAGUUCUGAAACCUCAUAUUAUUGCUAUGUUUAUUGAUCUCUUCGAGGUCUAAAUAUUGUUUGCGAACAAGCUGGGGACAAAUUGAUAUAUUCAAAUAUUAAGUAGUUCUUAUAUUUAUAUCAAUGUCAUAAAAUAAAACUUUGAGACUGUUUAAUGUUUGCAAUCAAUUUGGUGAA